GCCGGAGCGCCGGCUGGAGUGGAGUCUGCUGCUCCCCGGGCUGCUCUUGGCUCUCCUGCUGCCGCGCUGCCUUGAUGGGCUGGAGCUUUGCUCUGGGUAGCGAUUUGGAGACGGAUUCUCUGGGCUAGUCUUCGGAUCCAUCCUUUCCCUGCCUGCUCAGCACUUCGUUGCCUUCAGAACCACCCGGCUCGCGGGAGAGGGGGGGUUGGCCUUGUCUUGAGGCUCUGAAGUGACCUGCCUUAGGAGGAGACUCCUUUGGCACGUUGGGGAGUAUUUGAUACUGACACUUCCCCCUCCCUCCUCGUACUUUCCAUCCUUGCUCCAGACGGAAAAUGAAUGAUCUCAGCCUGCCUGUGGAAUGGAGUCAGCUGGCACCCAGCAGAGCCUGAAGGAGCCUCUGAAGCUGAAGUGUGAACUUGCUUCUCCUCUGCAAUGUUAUAAGCUGCCCAGCCGUUCUCUUUGUGGUGCCAGCCUCUCUGGUCCACUAACUGCAGCAGGGAUCUAGUUUCAUCGUCUUCACCUUUCUGUGCCUCUAAGGGGUUGGAUCACAAGUCUUUCCUAUGGCUGGGAUAUACAGCUCUACUCUGAAGACCCUGGAGGAUUUAACCUUGGACUCUGGUUAUGGGGCAGGGGAUUCCUGCAGAUCCCUUAGUCUCUCUUCCUCUAAGUCCAACUCCCAAGCCUUCUCAUCAUCGCAGCACAGGGGCAACUGGUGGUACUAUUCAGGCUCCAUGAAUAGUAGGAAUAACAGCUGGGAUACAGUGAACACUGUUCUGCCAGAAGACCCCGAAGUUGCAGACAUCUUUUCCAAGUGUCCUAAACUGCCAGAUCUAGAGGAAUUCCCUUGGACAGAUGAAGACAUUGGGAAAAUACUCAGAAAAGGAAAGGGGGAAGGAAAUACCAGAAACUUUUCUCAGGAAGCUGUCAGGAGACUCUCUCAGCUACUUAGGAGAGCCCUGAUCAGGAUCUCCAGGGAGGCCCAACGUCUGAGUGUGAUGCAUUCCAAAUGCACUAGAUUUGAGGUCCAAAGUGCCAUCAAGCUCAUCCAGAGCUGGUCAUUGUCAGAAAGCUGUGUCCUAGCUACUGUCAAGGCUCUUUCCCUGUACAGCAUGAGUGCAGGAGAUGGAUUGAGGAAAGGCAAAUCCUCCCGAUGUGGCCUCACCUUCUCAGUGGGGAGGUUUUUCAGGUGGAUGGUGGACACUAGGAUCUCAGUAAGGAUUCAUGAGUAUGCAGCUAUCUCUUUGACAUCUUGUAUGGAGAAUCUAGUGGAAGAAAUCAAAGGCAGGGUUCUAGCGAGUCAGAGCCCAGAUGGAGGAGGAGGUGGGGAGAUCUCCUCUGAAAUCCUUGAGAUGGUCAUCAACAAUGAUGCUGAACUUUGGGGAGUACUGCAGCCUUACGAGCAUCUCAUCUGUGGGAAAAAUGCUAAUGGUGUGCUGUCUCUGCCUGCCUACUUCAGCCCCUACAAUGAUGGCUCCAUAAGCAGCGAUGGACGGGCAGAUGCUUAUGCCCAGCUGGAGCUCCGAACCUUGGAACAGUCUCUCUUGGCGACUUGCGUUGGAAGCAUCUCAGAACUAAGUGACUUGGUAUCGCGAGCAAUGCACCACAUGCAAUGUUUGACCACCCUCCACCCCGGCAUGAGCCCUAUUCGGCAAACCAGGCAACAGCAGCCUAUUACCUGGUCCCCUGAUGCCCUCCAUACCCUCUACUACUUCCUACGCUGUCCUCAGAUGGAGUCCAUGGAGAACCCCAACCUGGAUCCGCCAAGGAUGAUCCUGAACAAUGAACGGCCCUUCAUGCUUCUGCCCCCACUGAUGGAGUGGAUGAGAGUGGCUAUCACCUACGCUGAGCAUCGGCGCAGUUUAACUGUGGACAGCGAUGAUAUCAGGCAGACGGCCAGGCUGCUCUUACCAGGACUGGACUGUGAACCACGGCAGCUGAAGCCCGAAUGCUGUUUUAGCUCAUUCCGAAGACUGGACGCUAAGGCUGCUACUGAAAGAUUCCAGCAGGACCUGGGUUUCCGAAUGUUAAAUUGUGGAAGGACUGAUCUGAUCAACCAAGCUAUAGAGGCACUGGGACCUGAUGGGGUUAACACAAUGGAUGAUCAGGGUAUGACCCCACUAAUGUACGCCUGUGCUGCUGGAGACGAAGCCAUGGUCCAGAUGCUGAUUGAUGCUGGAGCAAAUUUGGAUAUACCAGUUCCUGGCAGCAAUCCCCGAUACCCCUCAGUCCAUCCCGACAGCCGGCACUGGACUGCACUUACCUUUGCUGUUCUACAUGGACACAUCUCCGUAGUUCAGCUGCUCUUGGAUGCUGGUGCCCAUGUUGAGGGCUCUGCAGUUAACAGCGGUGAGGACAACUAUGCUGAGACCCCACUUCAACUGGCUUCGGCAGCAGGGAACUAUGAGCUGGUCAGUUUGUUACUGAGCAGGGGCGCAGACCCCCUCCUGAGUAUGCUGGAAGUCAAUGGGAUGUCCUCAUCGCUUCACGAAGACAUGAACUGCUUUAGUCACUCAGCUGCACAUGGGCACAGAAACGUGCUACGCAAGCUCCUGACCCAGCCCCAGCAGUCGAAGGGAGAUGUUCUUUCACUGGAGGAGAUUUUAGCUGAGGGAGUAGAGAGUGACACCACCAGCCAGGACAGCUCCAAUGAGGGGCAGGUCAGGCUGUGUAAAACCAGGAUGAAGGCCUUGCAGGAGGCUAUGUAUUACAGUGCUGAGCAUGGCUACGUGGACAUCACCAUGGAGCUCAGGGUACUCGGAAUCCCGUGGAAGCUUCAUGUGUGGAUUGAGUCAUUAAGAACAACCUUCUACCAGUCUCGCUAUUCAGUUGUGCAGAACCUCUUAAGGGAGUUUGUCACUAUUAAGGAGGAGGACUAUAACGAAGAGCUGGUUAACGAAGGGCUACAGCUAAUGUUUGAUAUCCUCAAAACCAGCAAAAAUGAUUCUAUCAACCAGCUGCUUGCAACCAUCUUCACCCACUGCUAUGGCAGCAGUCCUAUACCCAACAUUCCUGAAAUACAAAAGACGUUGCCAGCCCGGCUUGAUCCUCACUUUCUAAACAAUAAAGAAAUGUCUGAUGUAACUUUUCUAGUGGAAGGAAAGCUGUUUUAUGCACACAAAGUCCUGCUGGUGACUGCUUCCAACAGGUUUAAGACCCUGAUGACCAAUAAAACAGAACUAGACAGCCAAGGCAGUAAGACUGUUGAAAUUAGUGAUAUGAAAUACAAUAUUUUCAAGAUGCUGAUGCAGUAUUUAUAUUAUGGAGGAACAGAAUCUAUGGAAAUUCCCACAACUGAUAUCCUAGAGCUGCUGUCUGCCGCCAGCCUGUUUCAAUUGGAUGGCCUCCAACGACACUGUGAAAUCUUAUGUGCCCAGACCAUCAGCAUGGAGAGCUCUGUUAACAUCUAUAAAUACGCAAAGAUUCACAGUGCACCUGAACUGGCCUCGUUCUGCAAGGGCUUCUUCCUCAAACACAUGACCUCUCUGCUGGAACAGGACUCGUUUCGACAGCUCAUCUAUGGCAGGAACAGCAAGGUGCAGGGUCUGGACCCUCUGCGGGACCUGCAGAUGACAUUGGCCAGUCGACUGCAUUCUAUUUACAUCACCUCAAGAGUGUGAGGCAGGGACAUCACACUGGCAUGGGACCUUAUCCAGCCGGGGCUUCCAGGUCUGUCUUAUGGAACCACUGGCUCAUGCUGAAAGUCCCCACAAGCUGACGCCCUUAGGGCAGUGAUUUCUCUGGGGAGCUGCAACAAAUCUAAUGACAAAGGCGAGGAGGUGUCUUUUCUUCUGUGCUACACAGCACCAGAGCUACACCAGGACAGCACCAACAGGAAAAACUAAUGCAGCAACUGAAGAACCUGGCCCAAAGAGCAGAUCUAAGCUGCCAUUUUCAUAAGCACAAGGUGAAAGCUGCUAGGGAAACAGAUUGUGGAUGCAGCGGAGUGAGGCCUAACACUGGGGGUGUCUCUAACGUGCUAAUCUAAACCAUCUAUUUACAAACCCCAUCAGGUUGAUUUAAAAGCACCACUGGUGUGUAUAUACAAGGGUUGAUAGUCUUUUAAUCCCAUGAACUUCUGAGCAUUCAGUCACCUGACUAAACGUGUGUAGUAGUUAGGACACAGACUACCACUGUAGCGAUAACCAGUUUUACACAUGGCAAAAGACUCUAGCGUUAUUUCCCAUAAAUUCUUUGUAACC